AUGCCUGUCACACUCCGCCGGCGCCUGGAUUGUCACUACUGCGGACGCAGAUCGAAAUUGCCAGCGGGGGAGAAGCCCGGUCGCAAGUUUCAAUGCGAACACUGCCUUGCCGUCAAUUUCUUCGAUGAGAAUGGCGAGAUAGCAGAUGUACCCUUGGAAGAAGCUGCCCCUGCUCAGCGCUUCGCGCAACCGGUCGCCGCAAACCCUCUUCCUGACGACAACUUUUCCUCCCAAGACUCUGUAUUCUGUUCAACAUGCCUCAAGAACCAGCAGUUAUACACCUACAACCUCUCCCAGUUCCUCCCAGAUCCUGAGCACCCAGAGUACGACAAAGUGGAGGCCCAACUCCCAGAGUACAAGAAGGGACUCGAACAACGCUACCCCCAGUGUUGUGCCAAGUGCGAACCUAAAGUGAGGGCGCAGUUGCACAAGGCGACCUACAAUGCCAGAAGCGACCACCUUCGACGGGUCCUGGAAAGAUCACGACAAAGAAGGGUUGCCAGUCGAUGGGGUUGGAGAAGUCUUCUUCUCAACGCGGCGGGGUUGGGUUAUACCGUCAGUUUGGCUUUGCAAGUGCUCUGGCAUCUGUACGGCUCUCAAGUGGUCGGCGGGUCGCCGAAUCAAAAAUCCAGACCCUUUGAGUGUUUCUCCCAAUGGCACUAUGUGCCCGAAUGCUUCGAAAUGAUGGAGCCCCUUGUGGGACUUUCUUUGGUUCUUGGACUGCUUUGCAUCUGGUGGAAUCCAAAGUGGCAGCACAAGCUGUCUAACAGUGAACGGCAGUUGUCGGGUCUAAAUGAGUACUACCUGGCACAGUUUCUCCUGUUGGGGCUGAGGUUCAGUGCCUGGAUCAUCCUGCUUCACAGCCCUCUGUCAUUGCGAACGGCAGCAAUGCUGCAUGCUUGUUUCGCGGUCGCCAUCACCGUGCUUGCAGGAUGGUCCAUUUUUGGGAUUACGACCAUCACAUCCGGCCCUCAGAUCAAUUGGCACGAUGAUCCAGCCCCGUUGCUGUCAAGCAGUCAAUUUGUGCCACCACCCCCUUUUGAACAACAAGAAAUACAACAGCCACCGAAUCAGCCUUUCAACAUUGAAAACUUGGCAACACCCGGAAGACCCGCUUAUCAGUCAUGGAAUCCUCCCACUCCCCCGCCAGAUGGUGCCGAAGCAAUGGACUGGACACCAUCCCAGCCAACAUUCCAACCCGAGCUCAAGCAGAUUCGGUACACAGCAGCCGACCCUACGCCCUUCCAUGGCACAUUACCGGCAUUGAAUACGAAGGGAGUCCUCAAAAACCAGAAUCAAGGGCGAACUGAUAGAGAGGCCAUAGGUCUCCCACCAGGGUUCUUCGACAAAUCGCAGAAGUCGUUGUUCCCUGCUCGUCAAAUCGGAACAGCUAGCGAGGCCAUAGUGCAACCAAAGUUCUUCGGCCACGAGCGGCAGGUUGAUACGGGGCUGGAAAGCAUCUUUGACACAGUCUUCUCUCUCCAGGAUUCGUCCUUACACCGAGCCGAACCUAGGCCAACUUCGGAUGCAAAGCCUUUCAGAGCUGCACCUGCGAAGGAGCCUAGUCGCCGGCAGCCAAGCGAGCAUGGAACUCUACCCGCGUUGAAGCUCUUCAGCUGCGUGUCGAUCUUCUCACUCAUAGUAGCCUUGGCUGCAUGGAUCUUUGAAGCUGCCAUCAGAUCUAAGACUUCCCAAUUUGGCUACUACACCGUCCUUCUCAGUGUGGUCGUACCAUUUGGUCACAUCAUAAUCAUUCUUUCUUCGCGCCGUAUCCCUGGUCAAACCUCAAAUAUACUUCUGUACACUUUCGAAGCAAGCUUGCUGAUCGGAGUUGCUAUGGUCCAGGACCAGUUUGGCGAACUAUUUCGGGAUCUUUGGGACAAGCUUGCCAUUGCCGUCGUGGCUCUCUUGCUCCCGCAGGAGUUUCUGGCACUGACUCGAUACCACUGGGCGUCUCAACAUCGCACCCAGACCGGUUUACAUAAAUACGUUGGGCCAGAAUCGUUCCCUGAGCCACUGACACAGUCUACGAACCUACACCUCAGCAAUGCAGCGGCACCAAUGCCUCAGCUUACACGAACCUCUUCGAGCGAGUCGAUUGAGAGCCAACAGUCAAUACCCACGACUAUUGAUACCGGGCCAUGGGAGACGCCUCGAGCCGACAACUAUCGAUUUGAAUACUUCGACUCAUCCAAAUCUCCAUCGUUGUCAACGAGCACAAGAUCUUCAGUAAGUCGGAACCGCCAACCACAAAUCCAGAAUCGAAACAUGACGGACAUGGACGGUCUGUCACUAAAUAGAGACAGUGGGGUUCCACAACCGAAACAGAGCACAGGUAUCACAGAUACGCUGAGCCGGAUGGGUCUUGGGUCUUCGUCUGGGUCAAACAUCGCGGGGCCAAGAACGAGGCGGAAAUUUUAA